AUGUCUGCCAAUAAUGUUGAAUUGUGUGCUAUUCUCGAAUCUCAUGUUGAUGUUAGCAAGCUGGAUAAAGUUUGUAAGUAUGUUUUUCGUAAGUGGAGUUGGACUUCAAAUGGUGGGGUUUGUAGUCGGGGAACUAGAAUUAUUUUGGGGUGGAAUGCGGACAACCUUGAUGUUAUGGUUCUCUUUCAAACGGACCAAAUUAUUCACACUCAAAUUUUCUUUAAAGCCAGCAAGAAAGUCCUUUUCUGUUCGUUUGUCUAUGCUGAAAAUAAGUAUCAAAAUAGGAGAAUGCUUUGGAAUGAUUUAUGCAAACAUAAAGUGUUUUGUCAUGAUAAGCCGUGGGUAGUAAUGGGCGACUUUAAUUCUGCUCUCAAUCUUGAAGAUUCGUUAUAUGGGUCCUCUAAACAAUCUAUUGGCAUGCGGGAAUUUGAUGAAUGUGUUCAUCAAGCUGAAUUGAUUGAUAUAAGUGCUCAUGGGCUUCAGUAUACUUGGAAUCAAAAGCCAAAGAGUGGUGCAGGUUUGUUGAAGAAAAUAGAUAGAAUUAUGGGCAAUGUCACGUUUUUAGACCAUUAUCCUUCAGCCUAUGCUAUGUUUCAUCCGUUUCGUGUGUCGGACCAUACUCCAUGUUUUCUUAAAAUGCUGAGCAAAAAUGGUUAUCGACCAAGGCCUUUCAAGUUCCCAAACUUUAUUGUCACGAAACCUGAAUUUAAGGAUAGUGUCAAAUCUGAAUGGGAGAAGAAUAUUGAGGGUGUUACUAUGCUUUCGGUAGUGAAGAAGCUGAGGAAUUUAAAGCCAAAGUUGAGGAAAAUAUUGUUUGACCAAGGGAACUUGCAUGCUAAGGUGAAUGAUUUGAGGAAAAAGCUAGAUGAUAUUCAUGUUCAAGUGGAUCAGAACCCCUUGGAUUCUCGGUUGAGGCAAUUGGAGGCUCAAUGCCUUAAGGAUUUUCAGUCAGCAGCUUAUGAUGAGGAAUGUUUUUUAAAACAGAAAUCAAAGGUCGAGUGGCUUUGUGCGGGUGAUUCAAAUACAAAGUUUUUUCACAACACGGUUAAAGUUAAAAAUGCUAGAACCAAAAUCUAUAGUAUUAUGGAUUCCGUGGGAAAUAGAUAUGAAGGUGAUGAUGUAGCUGAUGCUAUGGUGUCGCAUUACAUGAAUUUUUUGGGUGUUGAGAGUCCGGUUCAAGUGCCUAAUUUGGAAAAUCUGUUUACUAAUGUGCUUAGCAGUGAAGUUGCGGAUCACAUGAUUCGUCAAGUUACUAGGGAGGAGGUCAAGCAAGCCAUGUUUAGUAUUGGUUUUCAUCAGAAAAUGGUGAAGUGGAUCAUGACGUGUGUAACCACGGUGUCGUACUCAGUGAGUAUUAAUGGCAAUCUUCAUGGGUAUUUUAAGGGCAAACGUGGGCUUAGGCAAGGAGACCCAAUGUCGCCUUAUCUCUUCACGUUAAUUAUGGAGGUUUUGUCUCUUUUGUUACGACAAGCGGCAAACAACUCUUAUAAGUAUCAUGCCCUAUGUGCCAAGGAGAAAAUUAUCAAUGUGUCGUUUGCUGAUGAUUUAUUCAUAUUUGUUCAUGGAGAUGUGGUUUCGGUUCGAAAAAUCAAGAAGGCGCUGGAAAUUUUUACUAAUAUUUCAGGAUUAGCUCCUAGUCCAGCCAAGAGUACAGUUUUUUUCUGUAAUGUUCCCCCUUCAAUCAGGCAGGAAAUUCUUGACAUUAUGCCGUUUCAGGAGGGUUCCCUCCCGGUCCGGUAUCUUGGGGUCCCCCUCAUCUCUUCGAGAUUGUUAUAUAAAGAUUGUGAAGUCCUUAUUCAACGCAUGGAGAAAAAGAUUGUCAAUUGA